CCAUGCCUUGUGUUCAGGCGCAGUAUGGGUCCUCGCCUCAAGGAGCCAGCCCCGCUUCUCAGAGCUACAGUUACCACUCUUCGGGAGAAUACAGCUCCGAUUUCUUAACUCCAGAGUUUGUCAAGUUUAGCAUGGACCUCACCAACACUGAAAUCACUGCCACCACUUCUCUCCCCAGCUUCAGUACCUUUAUGGACAACUACAGCACAGGCUACGACGUCAAGCCACCUUGCUUGUACCAAAUGCCCCUGUCCGGACAGCAGUCUUCCAUUAAGGUAGAAGACAUUCAGAUGCACAACUACCAGCAACACAGCCACCUGCCCCCCCAGUCCGAGGAGAUGAUGCCGCACUCCGGGUCGGUUUACUACAAGCCCUCCUCGCCCCCGACGUCCACCACCCCGGGCUUCCAGGUGCAGCACAGCCCCAUGUGGGACGACCCAGGCUCCCUCCACAACUUCCACCAGAACUACGUGGCCACCACGCACAUGAUCGAGCAGAGGAAAACGCCCGUCUCCCGCCUCUCCCUCUUCUCCUUUAAGCAGUCGCCCCCCGGUACUCCUGUGUCUAGCUGCCAGAUGCGCUUCGACGGGCCCCUGCACGUCCCCAUGAACCCGGAACCAGCGGGCAGCCACCACGUUGUGGACGGGCAGACCUUCGCUGUGCCCAACCCCAUCCGAAAGCCCGCUUCCAUGGGCUUUCCGGGCCUGCAGAUCGGCCACGCGUCGCAGCUGCUCGACACGCAGGUGCCCUCCCCGCCAUCGCGCGGCUCCCCCUCCAACGAGGGGCUGUGUGCAGUGUGUGGCGACAACGCGGCCUGCCAGCACUAUGGCGUGCGCACCUGUGAAGGCUGCAAAGGAUUCUUUAAGCGCACGGUGCAAAAGAACGCGAAAUACGUGUGUUUAGCAAAUAAAAACUGCCCAGUGGACAAGCGGCGCCGGAAUCGGUGUCAGUACUGCCGAUUUCAGAAGUGCCUGGCUGUUGGGAUGGUCAAAGAAGUGGUUCGCACGGACAGUUUAAAAGGCCGGAGAGGUCGUUUACCUUCGAAACCGAAGAGCCCACAGGAGCCCUCUCCCCCCUCGCCCCCGGUGAGUCUGAUCAGUGCCCUCGUCAGGGCUCAUGUCGACUCCAACCCGGCUAUGACCAGCCUGGACUAUUCCAGGUUCCAGGCGAACCCCGACUAUCAGAUGAGUGGAGAUGACACCCAGCAUAUCCAACAAUUCUAUGAUCUCCUGACUGGCUCCAUGGAGAUCAUCAGGGGCUGGGCGGAGAAGAUUCCGGGCUUUGCUGACCUGCCCAAAGCCGACCAGGACCUGCUUUUUGAAUCGGCUUUCUUAGAACUGUUUGUGCUGCGAUUAGCAUACAGGUCCAACCCAGUGGAGGGUAAACUCAUCUUUUGCAAUGGGGUGGUCUUGCACAGGUUGCAAUGCGUUCGUGGCUUUGGGGAAUGGAUUGAUUCCAUUGUUGAAUUCUCCUCCAACUUGCAGAAUAUGAACAUCGACAUUUCUGCCUUCUCCUGCAUUGCUGCCCUGGCUAUGGUCACAGAGAGACACGGGCUGAAGGAACCCAAGAGAGUGGAGGAACUACAAAACAAGAUUGUAAAUUGUCUCAAAGACCACGUGACUUUCAAUAACGGGGGGUUGAACCGCCCCAACUAUUUGUCCAAACUGCUGGGGAAGCUCCCAGAACUCCGCACCCUUUGCACACAGGGUCUACAGCGCAUUUUCUACCUGAAACUAGAAGACUUGGUACCACCACCAGCAAUAAUUGACAAACUUUUUCUGGACACUUUACCUUUUUAG